AUGUCUACCACCAUGCAGUACCGCUUCCUGGGCUCUAGUGGUCUAAAAGUCUCUGAGAUCUGUCUUGGCUCUACAUUUGUUAUGCCGGCAUCUGCGGAUCAAGCUGCAAACAUCAAGAGCGCAAUGACCACAAUGUCUGAAUUCGUCGCAGCUGGUGGCAACUUUAUUGAUACCGCGGAUGCAUACGGUGAUGGUGCCGCAGAGAAGAUGAUUGGAGGCUGGUUGAAAACUCAACAACGUGACGACAUUGUCUUGGCUUCCAAAGCAUUCAACGUUAUGGGCAAAGGUGUGAACGACAAUGGACUCUCUCGCAAGCACUUGACCAAGGCUCUUGAAGGAUCUCUUUCUCGUUUGGGAACAGACUAUAUUGAUUUGUACCAGUGCCAUUGCUGGGAUCGCGGAACACCCAUCCGUGAAACCCUCCUCGCUUUAAAUGAUUUCGUCAGAGCUGGCAAAAUUCGAUACAUUGGAGUCUCCAACUUCACUGGCCAACAAUUACAAAAGACUGUUGAUUUGGUCGCUUCCAUGGGACUCGAGAAGGUCGUGUCUAUUCAACAGGAAUACUCGUUGUUGGAACGUAACUUUGAAUAUGACUUGACUGAAUUGUGUGUUGAGGAAGAGGUUUCGUGUAUUGCUUGGUCGCCUCUCAAAGCUGGAUGGUUGAGUGGAAAAUACACACGGGCAAACUCUGGAUAUGCACCAGGAAGUCGAGCUGAAUCCGCUGCUUCUUAUUCUCCUGAAUAUGCUGGGUUGGCAAACGAAAAGACGUUUGCUCUCAUAGAUGAAGUCACCGCUAUCGCCAAGGAAGUAGGCAAAUCAGCAACAGCCGUUUCAGUUCGAUGGUUGCUACAAAAGCCCGGUGUUGCAGCUGCUAUCAUCGGUGCACGAAACCCUGAACAGUUGAAGGGCAAUUUGGAAGCAACAACCUUCCAAUUGACUACAGCUCAAAUGGAACGACUCGACUCCUUGUCGGCUGUGCCAUUGAACUACCCUUGGAGAUUUAUAGAUGACGCAACUCCUAACAAGACUCGUUCCAGACACUAG